AUGGCCUUACCUCCCUCACACCCAAUGAACUUGAACUAUACCGCUGUCACCAUGAUAAGCGAAUCAAGCAUCCAAAUUCAGCGUCGCAUCGUCCGGCAUUUCUAUAGAUCCUACGGCGCCUUCGGCCUAUCAAAAACGCAAUCUCAGAGCAUAACGUCUUCAUCAAUGAUUAUUCACUCGACAAAAACUCUGUCAAAUUCAAAGCGGCACACGAGUGACCAGCGAAUUUCCACAAUCUAUCGCACCUGGGCUCGAGGGACCCGAGAUACCAUCACUAUGAAACGCAGUAUUGUGAAGAGGAGUGUUGCUCGCGUCAGUGCAGAGAAACAGGUCCAGAACAGUGUCACCUCCUCGCUCACCAGAACCCGCCGCUACCGGUACUCUGAUCCACCCAAUAAAUUUGUGCAUGUACUGUCGCAAGAAACAGGUCCAAGUGCCCCAAAUCUUGAAAAGCAGGAGAGCAAACCCGCCGCACCCACAGCAGAAGAAUGUCGGCUUACAGCACGGAGAUUUGAUCGGAUACCCGUGCCGAGGAUGCCGAGGUUGCCGGUGCCGAACCCGCCAACUCGCGACUUCGAAUGA